AUGGCUUUUGCGCAGCAGCACGUGAUGAGGAGCCGCGCACACACUGUGCAGCGGGGCGCUGCCCGUGUGGCCCGCCCUGGCCCGGUGGCAGCGCCGCGCUCCUCGCGGCAUGUGGCGUUCGCGGCCGCGGUCGACGAGACCCGGUUCAUCCCGAGGUGGCCCAUGGUGUACGACUUCAUCAAGGAGAAGCAGGUGGAGACUGUCACACCCGAGGCGGCGGCCAGCCUGGUGUCCAGCGGCGACUGGGUCCUCGUCGACGUGCGCCGCCCCGACCAGUUCGCGACCGGCAGCCCCAGGGGCUCCGUCAACGUCCCGAUGUACCGCAAGAUCGACCUGUCUGGCGGAUUCGACGGGAUGAAGGUGAUGAAGACGAUCAUGUACGCGUUCAACGGCGUGGACCCCAUUGAGCCCAACCCUGAGUUUGUUGAGCAGCUGGCCAAGGCUGCUGAGGGAGGCAAGGGCCUCAUCUUUGCCUGCGAGGCGUGCUACAAGGCGGUGGCCAACGCGAACAUCUCCAAGGUCAAGCACCUGGAGCGCGGCAUCUACGGGUGGUACCAGGCCAACCUGGAGUUCUCUGGUGACUACAAGCCCGAGAUCGGCCGCUUCCCCAGCGCGGCGGCCGAGCCUAUGCUGCAGGCGGUCGCGCAGAGCCGUGGCUACGAGCUGCGCCCUGAGGACAAGCGCGACUGA